AUGAUUCCCUCCAAGAUUGCCCGCGCUGCCACCCAGCACCGCACUCCCCUCAUCUCCUUCCUCGGCAAGCGCACAAUCCCUCAGAACAUCGACCACACCCCGCGGCCACACCCGCAGUCGCCGACCGGCGCACUCCCCACCAGCUUCGCCGAGUACCGCAAGACGGCCAUCCAGCACGGCCCCUUGGCCAGCCAGCCAGCCGCCCAGACCGCCCGCGGCACAAUUGAAGCUUCGGUCGGCGAGUUCUUUGACCGCAAUCAGCUGCCCCGCCGCUUCUGGCGCAUGACCAUGUCCCCCAAGGAGAUGGAGAUCAUCGAGAGCGGCGGUGCCGCCGCCUGGGCUUAA